AUAUUCUUUUACUGAGUGGCCCCUUUUAGUAUGAUGAGGUUGAUACUGAUGAUGCUUAUUUUAGUACUAGUACUUUAUAGUAGUAUCAGCAAUAGUAGUGCUGUAGUAGUAUGAGUAGUAACAGCAGUUCAAGUCAAAUUUUGGUCAGGAUUUCUCUAAUGCCGGGUAAACGGAUGAACUCGCCCAAUAAAAGCAUUGUUCAGCCUCUCUGUGGUGCUACAGCGCCCCUCACGGUAGGGGGCGGGGCCAGAGAGAAGCAGUGCGGUGGUGUUCUGGCUGCGGGCUCAGAAUGAACAGAGAGCGGCGUGAGGACAGUGUCUGACGAUGCUGUAUGACUCCGUCUGUUUUCAACAAAACAGCCUGAAAUUUUAAAGAAAUUAAUGCCUUAAUUAAUCAACUGCCUGGAAUAAAACUUUGGGAUAAAAACAUCCUCAGUAAGUAAAACCGACGUGCGGUGACCGGAGUCUUUGUUUACAUGGAGCAGCCGGGAAAUGAGCAGCGGUCUAGUGAGGAAACCGAGUACGAAGACGAGGAGGUGGACCCUAGAAUUCAGGGGGAGCUGGAGAAACUCAAUCAGUCCACUGAUGACAUCAACCGGUGUGAGACAGAGCUCGAGGAAGCGAGGCAGAAGUUCCGCUCCGUCCUGGUGGAGGCCACAGUGAAGCUGGAUGAACUGGUGAAGAAGAUUGGGAAGGCCAUUGAUGAGUCUAAGCCUUACUGGGAAGCCCGCAGGUUGGCCCGACAGGCUCAGCUGGAGGCCCAGAGGUGCACACAGGACUUCCAAAGGGCCACUGAGGUCCUGAGGGCAGCCAAGGAGACCAUCUCUCUGGCCGAGCACCGGCUCCUGGAGGAAAACUAUAGGCAGUUUGACUCAGCAUGGCAGGAGAUGCUCAACCACGCCACCCAGAGGGUGAUGGAGGCUGAACACAACAAGACCAGAAGUGAGCUGGUGCACAAGGAGACGGCAGCGAAGUACACAGCAGCGAACAGUCGCAUGAAGCAGCUGGAGAAGAAGCUGAAACGAACCAUCAACAAGUCAAAGCCCUACUUUGAGAUGAAGGCCAAGUACUAUCUGCAGCUGGAGAACCUGAAGAAGAACGUAGACGAGCGUCAGGCUAAACUGUCCCAGGCCAAGGGAGAAUACAAGACAGCCCUCCAGAACCUGGAGAUGAUCUCCGAUGAGAUCCACGAGCGAAGAAGAAACUCCACCAUGGGGCCCAGAGGCAGGGGUGUGGGCGCAGAAGGCGACAGUGUUUCUGGGGACGAUGUGUCCAGCUUUAAAAUAGAGUCCGAUGGUAUUUCCAUGGCUUCUGUUUGUUUCGAUGACGAGUCGUGUGGCGCCAACGGCAGUGUCAUGUCUGAAGAAGACUCAGAGACUCGCUCCACCUGCAGCCUGGGUUCAUCUCCCAGCAGCCCCCAGGACCUGCUGUUGCCUAGUCCAUUCGGCAGAUCCUCCUUCUCCUCUUCAUUCAUGUCCUCCUCUUCCUCUCCUUCACCAACUCCCUCCGCCUCUUCAUCUACAUCCUCAUCUUCCCCCGAUCCCCCGUCCAGGCCCUGCAGUUUGGAUCUUCCCACCGAUGCAUCAUUGUCAGAUUUCAGCCUCAUCUCACCGGUUCUGGGACCUCGCAGCGAGUGCAGCGGAGCAUCGUCGCCUGAAUGUGACCAAGAGAGGGGAGACCGUGCAGAAGGUGCAGAAGGAGAUCUGGACAAUUCUCCUGCCACUAACAACAUGAACCGCAGCAGCAGUAGCAGCAGCGCCACCUCCACCACUAGCACUACUUCUAAACCGGCUGUGAAGAAAACCUUCAGUCUGGAGGCUCGCUUUAGUUUUCUAAACCUGAGACGUCCUCGUCCUGACAAUACAAAAAAAACAGACAGCUGCUCCCAGAAGGUGGAGUCAAACAUGACGAGUGUUGUUGUGAUCAAAUAGGUCUGGACCAAAGGAGGACACUUUACAAGGACGGUGACUCACCAUCAGAUUAUUCAGACUCCACUGUGUCAGAUACGACUGCACUUCACUUCAGAUUCCACUUCUUUUUUUUGUCGUGUCAGCAAAAGGUCAGAAAAAACAUUCACAUUCACCACAUAAAGCAAAAGAAUC